CGCGAGACUAUCAUCCAGUCCUUCGCCUGAAUCCAGCUGGUAUCCUUCCUGCCGUUGACGGCAACAGUCAUCAUGGGAAACAUCUUUGGGAACCUGUUGAAGAGCCUGAUAGGCAAGAAGGAGAUGAGGAUUCUCAUGGUGGGGCUGGACGCUGCUGGAAAAACCACCAUCCUGUACAAGUUGAAGUUGGGAGAGAUCGUCACUACCAUUCCCACAAUCGGUUUCAACGUAGAGACGGUGGAAUACAAGAACAUCAGCUUCACUGUGUGGGACGUGGGUGGCCAGGACAAGAUCCGUCCCCUUUGGAGACACUACUUCCAGAACACCCAGGGUUUGAUCUUUGUGGUGGACAGCAAUGACCGCGAGCGGGUCAACGAAGCGCGAGAGGAACUGAUGAGGAUGCUGGCUGAAGAUGAGCUGAGGGAUGCUGUUCUUCUGGUCUUUGCCAACAAACAGGACCUGCCCAAUGCCAUGAACGCUGCAGAGAUCACGGACAAGCUGGGCCUGCACUCCUUACGUCACCGUAACUGGUACAUUCAAGCCACCUGUGCCACCAGUGGGGACGGCCUGUAUGAGGGCCUGGACUGGCUGGCCAAUCAGCUGAAGAACAAAAAGUGAAGGGCCCGGUCAGUAUAGUGGGGAAGAGCCUGGGUGCCAGCUCCAGGUGGUGGUUAUAGUGGAUCCAUUGUGUUUACAUAGAGAGGAAAAAUGCUGAAAAGCUCCCAGGGGGGUGACUCUCAGUGGCUUUCCCCCCCCCCGCCCAAAUACUAUUUUAUUUCCUUUCUUUGAUGAAUUUGAUUUGUUUGAAUCUGUGGUGAGCAUUUUUAAUCAUUUACAGACAAAGUUUAUCUUAGUUAUUUACAUUCUAUAAAUGGAUACAUAUAUAAUGUAUAAUAGUACUGUAAAGGCAUACGGAUUUCCUCUACUUUGCAGACCUCCACCAUCAUUUAAUUUGCCCCGAAGAUGUGAUGGAUCUAGAAUCAUUAUGGCAGAGCAGCCUUCCCUCAGAAACUAUAAACUUGAUGUAAAUUAUAAAGAAUGUCAUAAUAGUAUAGUGGGAGUACUAUUUGUAUGUCAGAAUGCUAUCACGUCAUUUAACAACAGUAUACUCGUACAGGCUCAGAUAAAUGUAAUGUAAUUGUCCAUACAGAGAUUCUUAUUGCUACCAAAUUAUGCUCUUCAGAGCUCAAAACCUUUAGUUUUGAUUUUAUUUAUUUUGAAUUAAACACAAAAUGUGUCAACUUACCGAAUAGUCUGAAACAAUGUAUUUAAUAUUAAUAUUUAUUGACUUUUUUUGUGUUGAUUUUAUUUUCUAAGUGCGUCAUAUAGUUUUUUCCCCUUUAUUCUAAUGUGCAUUUACUGCUAAAGGCAGCUGGUGAAAAAAAGAGAAAGGGAAAAAAAAAAAAAGAAGCCCCCAGUAUCACUGUACAUUACUGCUUCCCGAUCUGCAUGGAGAUAUCCCAGUACUGACUCGUGGGCUUGUAACAGGCUGCUGCUGUAAAUAAAGAUUUGUUCUAGUUGACUUGCCUGGCACAAAAGGGGUUAAAACAAUUUGUCUGGCAUCAGCGAGGUGUGAUAUCUAAACUGAUACAGAUGACAGAACAGGCACUCUUUACCAGCUCUGUGGCUUAGGGGGAAAAAAAAAAAAAAUGCUGCUAUUGGCCUGGCCUGUGGAGAGUGAUGCAGCACAGCAUGUGAUUGGCAAUAUUAAGAGAGCUUUCAUGGUUUUGAAUGUUUAUUUAUUUUAAAUCAGUUCGUGCAAGCAGCCGCACUGUAUCUGUUAAGCAUCGCUCUCAUCCUGAUUUAUCCACCCUCAAUUGGCAUGAUAUUAUAUGUGUCUCGAUAUAUCAUGCUGCACAAAAUCACACUAGACUCAUUGCUGUUGUACAGAAGGUACUGUCUAAUUUUUUUUGUGUGUGUUUUUGAAUGGAGUGUUUCUUUAUUUUGUUGAAUAAAUGUGUUUUUUUUUUUUUCUUAAUUAGCUAACUAGAUCAGGCUGUUGUGGGGUUUUUUUUUUUAGUUUUUUCACAAAACGUAGGUGAGAGGAUGAUAGUAAUACUGCAUCGUAAGGCAUGUUAAUACUGUACAAGAUCUGUAAUAAAAGCAAAUUAUAAUAGCCUGUUUCCUCAGACUAUAUUUGUUAGUCUUAAUCACUGCUGCUGGUUGGAACAAUGCUGUACUAAUAAAUGUUAUGGAUUUAGUGUAAAGUUUACCGAACAACCUUCUAAUAUGCAAAAGCAUGCUUUUCUAUGUCGGCGCAACUGUAUAUAUGUUGAUGUAACCGGGAAAGGGGAGCCGUGGUAUUCGCGGUGAAACUGACAGUGCUGUUGAUACACCUGUAGAUAAUGGGGUCAGUGUGUUGGCAGAUAACUGACAGCAGCUUGUGUGUGCGUGUGUGUGAUGUGCAUAAUAUUCUGUUCAGUUUGGUGUGAAAAUUGUUUUCGUGGCCUUAUUUAGCCAGUGUUUUCAUUUCUCUUUGAUAACAGGUUUGUAUGUAAGAAUAUCCAGCAUUCAAGUAUCUCACCUAUGAUCUGUGACACUGAUGCACUAGCAGUACUGUUGUGGCUAAACAUCCCUCCCUCUUUCAGUGACUAUUUUCAGAUUUUAAUUUUCAAAUGAUGAAAAAAAGAAAGAAACAAAAAAAAAAAA